AUGGUGGCCGAACACCUGACCUCCAUGCGGGCGGAGGUAGCCAACUACCAGAGCCGGGUGGAACAGCUUUAUGAGGAGGAGCGUCGAGCAGGAGAGGAGGCUGGUGCCGCUGAAGGCCAGCGCAGCGCUACCGAAUCGGAGCUUCGUCGCGUGAGGGAGGCAAUGCUUCAAUCCUUCCAGGAAACAUCGGAACUGCAGCAGAAGUUUCUGCUCGCUGAUCAGGACUUCGCUGCUGUCAAGGAGGCUGCAGCCAAGGAUGCCCAUGCUGCUGUCCAGACUCUAGAGGAUGAGCUGCUCUCCGUCCGAGAGGAAGAGGCACUUUGUUGGAAGAAGAGCGAAGAUGCAAAGGCUCGCUUGAUCACCGCGCGCUCGGAGGAGGCGGCUGCUCUCACGGAGCUGCAGCUGAAGGACGAGCAUCUGAACAACCUGCGGCGGAUUUACGAGCGAGAACGGGAAGGCUCCUUCUUGCGCGAAGAGCAGUUCAUGCAGAGCCAGAGGAAAUCCUUGCAGGACCAGUCGGAGAAGCUUGAAAAAAGUGGUGGGCUCAUCUCCAUCGAGAUGCAUGAGCGUAUCCUCCACGACCAGACCGAGUUCUACGACAAGGCUUUGCAGGCCCUGGACGACCUGGAGCGGAGCUGCAUGGACCGGACGCAGGAUUGCAUCACGGCGUCCUUCUGCAGUGAGCCCGAGUCGCAGGUGGGCUUGAUCCGUGGGGAAAUCGCUGCGGAGGCGUGUGCCACGGCCACUAUGGAACAGGAUGCCGAGCUCCUGGAGGAGCAGAUCCGAGUCCUUUCGCAGAAGCUGGAGGCAUCGGCAUCACAAAUUGCACAGCUCAAGGAGUCACUGCUGGUGGAGAGGAGCUCCCGUGAUGCCUUUCGCAGCUCUUUGGGGACGGGCUGUGGUGCCCCCGAAGUCGUACCUGAGGACUCCGCCGACUUGUUCACCCUGCGAGCGGCGCUGAGCUCGCGGCAUCAGGAGAUUGCAGAGUUCGAAGCCAAGAUGAUCGAAGCACAGGAUGAGGAGCUUCGGUUGCGGAAGAAGUUGCCAUUGCUGGAAGCACAGGCGGCAGAGUCUGCGUCGCAGGCGGAGGCAUGGAGCGCAGGGAACGAUGCCUUAAAACCAAAGCAGAAGCAAACUCCAGCUUUCGGUCGGCCGCUUGAUGCUAUGAAGGCCUUGAUGCUGGAGAUGAGGCGUUUCAGUGAGAAGCCCUGUGUCCUUCAGCUCGGCAUCGACGACACUUCGAAGUUCUACACCGACCCAGCGGGCUUCGGCCUGGCUUUGCGCGAGGCGGGCGCCUCGGAGGCCGACGUGGGCCUCUUCGCCCUGAUCCUCCUGGAGCGCGGCCUCAUCUUCCUGGCCCUGGAGCAGCCCGGCCGCGCGCUGCGCGACCUCCGCGCCAGCCUUGACCUGGGCAUCUCCGAGGGGGAGCAGAAGGAGCUGGGGCCGGCAUUGAGAAGUGCGAGAAGAGCACUGGAGGCACUGGAGAUGAAAGAUCGCGAAGCGGAGCAGCUGAGGAAGGUCCCGGUGACGAUUUUGACGGGUUUCCUGGGUUCCGGCAAAACCACGCUCUUGAACUUUGUCUUAAAGGCGAGACAUGGAUACAAGUAUGCGAUUAUCGAGAAUGAAGUUGGUCAGAUCGGAAUCGAUAACCAGCUGCUGAAGAGUGCAAAUGCUACCGCAGCCCACACGACGGAGCAGGUGGUGCUCCUAGAUAACGGAUGCCUCUGCUGCACGGUUCGGAGUGACCUUGUCGAAGCCGUGAAGCAGAUCCUGCUCAAAGCUGAUGCCGAAGCCGCCAAUGCCCAAGCAGCGGACGGCACCACCGAUGAGCCAGCCCAGAAGGUUUUGGACGGCAUCCUGAUCGAGACAACUGGGCUCGCAGACCCUGGUCCAGUCUGUAAGACCUUUUACGUGGAGCCGGAUCUUCGAGAACGCACUCGUGUUGACUGCGUUUUGACGCUGGUGGAUGCUUGCCACUUCUUGCAGCAGCUGAGCAGGACUCGUUCGGAGGAUGCUGUCAACGAGUCCAUGCAGCAAGUUGCCUUUGCAGACAAGAUCCUUUUGAACAAGGUGGAUGCGGCGAGUGCAGCCUCCCUUCAAGAAGUGGAGGCAACCAUUCGCAGCAUCAAUGCAUUGUGCCCCAUCGUCCGCUGUAGCCUGGCAAAAAACCCGACCGCGCUCCCUUUGGAGGAAUUGUUCACAGCCCAGGGCUUCAGCCUCGACCGCAUCCUGCAAAGAAUGCAGGAGAAGCCCGACGAAGGCUCGUGGCAGCUGAGCACUCCGGUGGAAGCUUCCGAGGGCCGCCGCAAGCGGGCCAAGACUGGGGGUUUCUUGCGUGCGUCCCGGCACGACGCCGGCGUGGGGUCCUGCAGCAUCGCUCUUACGGGUGCGCCCCUCGUCAUCCAGCGCUUCACUGAGGUCAUGAGUGCUCUGAAGAAUGAGCAUGCCUUGGACUUGUACCGCUAUAAAGGGGUGGUGUGUGUCAAGGAAGCCUCAGGUGAGCUGAAGCAGGCCGUCCUACAAGGUGUGCACGACAUGUGUGAGUUUGAGCCGCGAGGGGACUGGCCUGACGGUAAAGAGCCCCUCUCUCAGCUGGUCUUCAUUGGCCGAAACCUGGAGAAAGACAAGUGGAUGAGGCUCUUUACCUUCUGUCAAGCAGGGGUGCUGGAUGACCCAGAGGCGGCUGUCGGACGCCUCGGAACGCUUCGCCGCCAGGUAGCUGAGGCAUCGGCGCAGACGGCAUGGAGGUGGCAACAGCUGCCGCAGCUGCAGCGUGCGCUCCGGGAGCUUGUUGGCACCCAGCGGGACGUCUUGGCCGGCCUCAGGUCCCAGGCCCUGGAUGGCUUGAACUUCGAUGCGCUCUGCAUGGACCUACCCCAGUUUCCGGUGGGAGACGGUGCAGCUCGCAGCCCGGAGGUGUCGCAAGUCCAUGCACUGGGUCGUGAGCUCAAGGCAGAGCUCCAGUCUUCUCGAGGCGCUUUGAGGUCUGCGAUGACUUCCCUUCGCGCAUUGGAGCCGAGCUUCGAAGCAGAAGCCGGCAGAGCUGGUGAGGUUGUGGACAUCCUUUGUGCCUCUUUGCCUCCAGACCUUCCUGACUCUGUCCAGGGUUUGUUGGACAAAGCUCACCUGCAAGCGGUUGCUAGGGAAGAGGUGCCUUCUCAGAUCCUGGAUGCCUUUGUGGCAGAGAUACGGGCCUCCCUGCAAGCUGGCAGGGACGUGAAGGAACGGGAAGCUGUGCAGGCGGCAGCGGCAGGUUUCCGCGCAGCGCAGACAAAGCCGAAACCCAGCCGACCGGAGCUCUCGGCGCUGCAAGGGCGCUCGGCGACUGCGGCUGCACAGGUGGCAGAUCUGUCUGCUAGACUCUACACUCUGGGCCGCGACAUGUGCGAUGCAGAGACCGACUCCAGCGAGCAGGUUUUGCAGGCGGAGUCCGCUCUUUGUGAGCUUUGCCGGCAGACCGAGGAUGCCGGGGCGGAGCAGAGGAACGCCACCGAGUCGGCUGCACAGCUCCGAAAGGCACUCCAAGCCCAGAGCUCCGCUACCACAGCUGCCAUCAAUCGCGCUGCCGAGGAGGCCAAGGAGUCCCUGCAACGAGCUGUUGCCGAAGCUUCUGCCGAGACCGAAGCACUCAGUGAGAUGCUUCCUUCCGAAAUCGCCCGUGUGGAGGAGGCAUGCGCUCAGCAAGUUCGUGCCAAGGAGGCCGAUCUCCAGGCGGCGGCUUCGCGCUGUCGAAGCCCCUGGAAACGAAAGUUGGAGGAGUUGGCCGGCCAGCAGCACCACCUCGAGACUCGGCAGUCGCAAAAUUCCGAGCGCUGGGCGAAGGAGUCGGAGGAUGCCCAGACGGAGCUGGAGGAGGUUUGGAAGAGCCUGGCCACAGCGCGGAAGGAGAUCCAAGCCAUCCGGGAGGUGCGCGGCAGCUGCGAGAAGGCGACAGAGAAACACCGGGAUCGCUUGUGGGAUGUCGAGCAGACGGCCACGGAUGUGAAGGAACGCCGGACGGUGGAGCUGAGACGUGCGGAGAUGGAGUUACAACAGCAGCUGCGCGGCUACGCUGAGCGCACUCAGGAGCUGGAGAUUCAGAUCCGCCACGAGGAGGAAGACCAGCAGCAGACCUGGCGGGAAGGGGCCAUGGCUCUUGCCGCUGAGCUCACGCCAGAGCUGGACGAGGCGGACAGGCUUAGUUUGGCCUGGUGCCCACUGGCACUUCUGCGUGCCCUCUGCUCCUUCGGGCAAGCUCAGUGGGUCACGGUCCUGACCCUGUGCAUGAAGAUUCAUGGCGGUGCCGUAGGCAAUUGGGACGAGGAUCUUCUGAAGAAUCUUUGCUUCAAGGCGAGCGAGGAUGAUUCGCGAUUUCCGGAAGGAGAGGGUGCGGCUUUCGCCGGCGAUGGGGAGUUCGACUUUCCUGGAAACAUCUGGGAGGCCGAGAUCGUCGACAUCUGGUCUGGAGCCGACAUGAAGCAACUGUCGGUAUUCGUGAUGCCACGCCGUGAGGAGCUCCGCGAGGUCAGAACCCGGCAGAACAGAGUGCUGACCGGCGAGGCGAAAGAAGUGGAGAAGGCUCUGGAGGCCGUGAAGGCUGGGCUGCAGCAAGAAGAGUAUCCGCUCAGAGCUGAGGACCAUGAGGGCAACGUCGAGACCAUCUACCACGACAAGGCAGAGGCUCGAUUGGAGGCUUUGCGUCCUCCUCCUCGCAAGGAGAACUGCGUCAUCUACACCGCAAAUCACACCUUUUUGACCUAUGAAGAGGUAGUGGGGAGAUACGAAAGCGCAAAUCCGCUGCAGCCACACGAGUUCCCGAUCAAGGUCUUCUACUUAAAGAACCACAAAGAAGUGAAGCAGCUCUUUCCAGACAAAGGCAAAGUGCACCAAGAAGAAACACGUCUCAUGGCCUUCGACUGCAUCCAGGGGGCGUCGCUCGGGCUGAGCGUCUCAGAGCAGGAGGCCGCAAAGCAAGCCGUGCAUACGCUCUUCGACAUUGAGGCCUCGAGAGACGAGAUGGAGGUGAUCCACAGGGACUUUCUGAAGAUGCCGGUGAUGGCAGCGGACGGCAGCCCAUCUUCGGCUGAGGGGUCGCCUUAG